AUGGAUUUGCGAGUGCUCCUCCAGCUGAUGCUGAUAACCUCCAUGCUAUCUGCUCGUGCCCUCGGGAAGGAAUGCACAAACAUAAUCGCCCAGUCGCACUCCCUCCGUUACCAGGUGUGGGCGACAAAGAAUGAGGAAUGGCGGGGAGAGAUGGACUCCCACCACGACCAUUUGAACCCGACUGAAGAGUCCACUUGGAUGGACCUGCUCUCCAGGGAUCUCUCGGGGGGAGACGUAGCAAAAACCGAAUUCGACUGGACGAUGCUCUACCGGAGCAUAAGGCGUUCGGAGGGCAACUUCACCGACGAAGGGAGCUUCCUCAGAGAAAUGUCCCUCCAUGAUGUGCGCCUCGAUCCGGAUUCAAAGCACGGGAGGGCGCAGCAGACCAACCUUGAUUACUUGUUGAUGCUGGACGUCGAUCGCCUGGUGUGGAGCUUCAGGAAGCAGGCGCGUCUUCCUGCUCCCGGAAAUCCAUAUGGAGGGUGGGAAUCACCCAACAUGGAGAUCAGGGGACACUUCGUAGGUGACCUCUCUCUCUCUCUCUCUCUCUCUCGCUCGCUCUGUGCCGAGAUUGACGAGGUUGUGCCUCAUGAGUGAACUUCUCGAUGCGUCUCGCAGGCCAUUACUUGAGCGCAUCCGCUAAAAUGUGGGCGUCAACACAUAAUGCAUCUAUUCAUCAGAAGAUGACCGCGGUGGUCGAUGCCCUCUACCUCUGCCAGAAGAAGAUGGGCAGUGGGUACCUCUCGGCCUUCUCGACUGAAUAUUUUGACCGUCUGGAGGCCGACGUCUAUGUCUGGGCGCCUUACUACACGAUACACAAGGUACCUAUGAAAUUUUCACUCUCCAUCAUCGAAGCUUGAUCUCCCCAGAUUAGUGUUUCACAGCGUCGUUCGACAGAUACUGGCCGGCCUCCUGGACCAGUUCUCCUACGCCGGAAACGCCAGAGCCUUGGAGAUGACGAUCGGGAUGGCCGACUACUUCGCGAACCGCGUGAAGAACGUGAUAGAAAAAUAUAGCAUCGAGAGGCACUGGCUGACCAUGAACGAGGAAACGGGAGGAAUGAACGAUGCCCUGUAUAAUCUUUACAGCAUUACGGUAAUCUCACUUGCAUUAUAUCGAUCAUCUUUUCUAUUAUUUAUUUUAGUCUGUCAUCACACUGGAAUCAUUAUUACUUUUUAAAAUUCUUGUCAAUGUGAAUGCAGGGAAACCAGAAGCAUUUAAUCCUCGCCCAUCUUUUCGACAAACCAUGUUUUCUGGGUCUCCUUGCGAUUCAGGUGCUAUUCUAUCUUCAUAACGCUUAAUUUUACAGAAACUGCGUGCUCGGUGACUGCAGCCAAAAUAUUUACACGAAGAUCUCAGCGACUGUUGCUGUUUGCAGUCUGAUAGUCUUUCAGGUUUCCAUGCCAACACGCACAUCCCUCUUGUUAUUGGGGCGCAAAAACGAUACGAGGUCACAGGAGACCCCCUUUAUAAGGUAAUGGCGCUUGCUCUCUUCAUCUGGAUCGCACAAGCUGGUGGCAUUUCAUCAAUUGUGCAUUAUCGUACGGUGCUUAAUCUUCAUCAUAACAUACACCUGAUCUUCAAGCCACGAUGAGUUGUGUUUGACAGGACAUUGGGACGUAUUUCAUGGAGGUCAUCAAUUCUUCUCACAGCUAUGCAACAGGGGGAACAUCUGUCAAUGAAAUCUGGUAUUACCACGCAUCACCAAGAACAGAAGUUUUCCAAGCUAAGCUACCUUCGACAUGCUGCUUCAUCAAACCUAUUAAUUUUUUCGCAGGUCUGAUCCCAAUCGUUUGGCAGAUACACUUCAAACGGAAAAUGAAGAAUCUUGCACGACACAUAACAUGCUCAAGGUUGGGACCAAAUAACAGAUAAUAAUAUCGAUAAUAAUGCUAUUAGUUAUGAUAUAUUGACCAUAUGACCGAAUUAACGCAUCUUAUUCCUAAUAGAAAUUCAUUUUUCUCGGAUUUUGAAGAGGGCCAGUUUUUCUUCUUUUUUUUUUUCUCCCUUCAAGCAGGUUUCGCGCAACCUCUUUAGAUGGACAAGGAAGGCUAGCUACGCGGAGUACUACGAGAGGGCCCUGACUAAUGGAGUGCUGAGCAUCCAGAGAGGAACGGACCCUGGAGUGAUGAUCUACAUGCUUCCUCUGGGCGUUGGGGUGUCGAAAGCAAGGAGCUUUCACGGCUGGGGGACAAGGUUUGACUCCUUCUGGUGUUGUUACGGGACAGGUUGGAUUCCUUCUUUACAAAACUCCUGUAGUUUAUUCACCUCGAAUAAAUUAUCAUAUAUAUAUGAGUGUUGAGUGGACGGAGGUUAUAAAUUUUUUAUUUUUUAUUUCUAAAAUUUCAAGGAAUCGAGUCAUUCUCGAAGCUCGGAGAUUCCAUCUACUUUGAGGACAGGAGCACAACCAGUCUUUAUAUCGCCCAUUAUGUAUCAAGUUCACUCAAAUGGAAAUCUGGGGGUCUCACAGUCAACCAAAAAGUUCAGCCAGUUGCUUCUCAGGAUGCUUACCUGCGCGUGGAGUUGACUUUCUCUUCAAAUCAGGUAUCUUGGGUAGAGCUUUAAAAAGGGUGCCGUCACUCAGAAAGAGUGCUGAUUUCUAUUUUUUAAUUUCUGCGCACUAAAUCUAUCAUGGGUUUCUGUAUGAUCCAUACAGUCGGCUGCCCAGUCAUCUGAACUGAACCUGCGAAUACCUUCCUGGACAUCUCCGAGCAAUGCCAAGGCCACAUUGAACAAUGAACCUCUGGAUACUCCUCCUCCAGGUGAGAUACCUUUUGACGACUCUGAUUACUACAGAUAUCAUCAUUAGCUUCCGAUCUUUCAGCAGGACUGAUGACGAUCUUUUUUUUCCCACACGGGCAGGAAAUUUUCUGUCUGUGAGGAGGAAUUGGGCGUCCACAGACGUGCUUUCCCUCCAGCUCCCCAUCAGCUUGAGGACGGAAUCCAUUAAAGGUCACUACACUUCAUUUCUCACAGAAUCACGAGAGGAUCGAUGUUACCUGAUUUCUUACCAGCGAUUACUACCCUUGCAGACGAUCGGCGAGGGCUCGGGUCCGUUCAGGCCGUCCUCUUCGGGCCGUACCUCCUCGCGGGUCUGACCAGGGAUGACUGGGAGUUGAGGCCCGGGAACUCCACAUCCAUCUCCGACUGGAUCAGAGCGGUCCCGGCAGAGCAAAACUCCCAGCUGAUAACGUUCACCCAGGAAUUCGACGAUGGGGUCCUGGUUUUCUCCAACUCGAACUACUCGAUCGCCAUGGAGGAAGCGCCGUCCGAAGGGUCGGACGCCGCCGUCCACGCGAGCUUCCGGGCCAUCGCCGUGAACUCCACAACCAAGAAUCUGAUCAUGCUGGAGCCUUUCGACUUGCCCGGGAUGGUGGUGGCGGCGAGGAGGCCGAACGGCGCCUUAAUCGUCUCCGGCGAUCCCGGCCCCGAUUCCACGUUCCGGCUGACGGCGCCGCCGCCGCGGGACGGGAACCCCAAUAGCGCCGUUUCUCUGGAGUCGUCGAUCCAUCCGGGUUGCUUCGUGCACGGUGCGGCAGACCGCGCCGCCGGAAAGAGCGUCCGGCUGGUCUGCCAGCGAGGGGCGGGAGCGAGGAAGGAAGCAAGGUUCGAGAUUUACCAAGGAACGAGGGCUUACGACCCGAUCAGCUUCGUGGGCAGGGGUACCAGGAGGAAUUUUCUGUUGGAGCCUCUCAUAAAUCUGAAAGAUGAGACCUACACCGUGUACUUUAAUAUUUCUGUAUGA